AUGGCUGGAGAUGAUAAAAACGCAAAAGAUGAUUCAAAUGCAGGCACCGGUGUCAUUAACCCUAAGUUGAUCGAUCCAGCCUCACCAUUCUAUAUUCACCCUUCAUAUUAUCCCAGACAGAUGCAGGUAAAUGAUUCUCUCACUGACAGCAAUUACAGUGAUUGGGUCCAAGAGAUGUCUAACUUCAUACUUGCCAAAAACAACAUGGGAUUUGUAGAUGAGUCGAUUCCCAAACCCAACCAAACGAAUGACACAUAUUUGCCAUUGCAUCGAUGUGAUGCCAUGAUCAAAGGAUGGUUGACGACAAAUAUGGAAAAAGAUAUAUGGGCUAGCGUUAAAUAUGCAAAUACAUCUAUUGAAAUCCAGACGGAUCUCAAAGAAAGACUUAGUAAGGAAAGUGCUCCCUGUGCUUACGAGUUAAAGCAGUCCCCUACUAUGAUAAGACAUGACGGCUCGUCCGUCUCCACCUAUUACACAAAGCUCAGGUCUUUGUGA